GCUAGAGCCCAUCGUCUCAGUUUAACACCAGGAGGGUAACAUCAGUGAUCCAGCACCCAAAAUGUUAGACAACGAAGAGUUCAUGUUGGAGACUUCCCCUCGGGAGCUCACCCAGAACCCGCUCAGGAAGAUCUGGAUGCCGUGCAAAAACGGCCACAUAGCUCACAGGCGGGUAUGUAUGACGAACUGUCCCACCCUCAUCGUGACUGUGGGACUUCCAGCCCGAGGGAAGACAUACAUUUCAAAGAAGCUGACACGGUACUUAAACUGGAUCGGCGUGCCAACCAAAGAGUUCAAUGUUGGCCAGUACCGGAGAGAGUGCCUGAAGAUCUACAAGUCCUUCGAGUUCUUCCGUCCAGACAAUGAAGAAGGCUUAAAAAUCAGACGUCAGUGUGCGAUGGCAGCACUUAAUGACGUUCGGCAGUACCUGAGUGUGGAAGGAGGACAGGUGGCGGUCUUUGAUGCCACAAAUACAACAAGAGAAAGACGAGGGACCAUCGUCAAGUUCGCUGAGCAGAAUGGGUUCAAGGUAUUUUUUGUGGAGUCUGUGUGUGAGGACCCAGACGUCAUUGCACAAAAUAUAGUGCAGGUCAAGCUGGGCAGUCCAGACUACAUCCACUGCAACUCAGAGGAAGCCAUUGAGGACUUUAUGAAGAGGAUCAAGUGCUACGAGUCCUCCUACCAGCCUCUAGACGAGGUUCUGGACAGGGAUCUGUCCUACAUAAAGAUCAUGGACGUGGGCCGUCGUUACCUGGUGAACCGCGUCCUCGACCACAUCCAAAGCCGAAUCGUCUACUACCUGAUGAACAUCCACAUUACACCGCGCUCCAUCUACCUGUGUCGCCACGGCGAGAGCGACCUCAACAUCAAGGGACGGAUCGGAGGAGACUCUGGCUUGUCUGCCAGGGGAAAAGAGUUUGCCAAAAGUCUGCGGAAAUUCAUCCAGGACCAGAACAUCAAAGAUCUGAAAGUGUGGACCAGCCAGAUGAAGAGAACGAUCCAGACAGCUGAGUGCCUGGGGGUGCCAUACGAACAGUGGAAGUCUCUGAACGAAAUAGAUGCUGGUGUGUGUGAGGAAAUGAUGUAUGAGGAGAUCCAGGAGCACUACCCUCUGGAGUUUGCACUGAGAGACCAAGACAAGUACCGCUACCGCUACCCUAAAGGAGAGUCUUAUGAGGACCUGGUGCAGCGACUGGAGCCUGUGAUGAUGGAGUUGGAGAGGCAGGAGAACGUUCUGGUCAUUUGUCACCAGGCCGUCAUGCGAUGCCUUCUUGCGUACUUCCUGGACAAGACCGCAGAUGAGUUGCCUUAUCUUAAGUGCCCUUUGCACGCUGUGUUGAAGUUGACCCCCAUGGCUUACGGAUGUAAAGUGGAGUCGGUGUAUUUAGGCGUGGACUCUGUGAACACACACAGAGACAGACCAGAGGUAGGUAUCCCAGGCAGCGCACAGAAAUCUCUCUCAGCAGACGACAUAGACAACUCGAAUCCACUUCAGGCGUGAUUCGCCCAGUUUCCAGCAGGGACUCAGUCGGGAGAAUGUCUGGCAGUAAACGCUUCACCUUGUAAAAGCUGUGUUCGACUCUCCUCCAUCAUAUUUAGUCUGCACCUCCUCUCCUGAAGCAGCCCUAGCAGUCAGUGCUGACCAAGCCGUAUCUUCUUAUCGCACAGAAUGUAAAUGUUUCUCACACGGCAGAGGAAGCCGUGCUCACUCUCCGUCCACCAGUGAACCCUGACUGCAACCGAGAUAACUGUGACAUCGCUUAGCGUUCACACUCCUACCUCCAUCCUGUCAGCGCUCAUUUUUAACAUUUUCUUUCACUUCCGUCUCCCAGUGGGAGCAGAAUCAUGCUGGGGUUAAUUUCUCUCAGGUUUUCCUAUGGUGGCCCUGAGAGCUCAACAUACUGCAUCACUGCACUGCAACGAUAUACAAGAAAAUGAAUAAAACAUUCAGUCACAUCAACACAAACACAGAACCACACUGCAAAGACAGAAAACAAGCAGAUUCAGAAACACUGCAAGUCGCACUGAAAACAACUAAAAUCAGUUAAACUGUUUAAUGCUCUUAAUAGAAAUAAACAAAUGCCCUCUUUUUUUUAGUUUAAACAUUGGUAAGCUCGUAAGGUAACGUUACAAUAACAGCAAAUAUCUGAAACAAUAUCUGAACCAUGCAAUCAGGAUGUUAAAGGCAAAGAAAGAAUUGUUUGCUCACGACUUGCAGCAUUUCCGUAUUUGGUUGGUUUUUCUGUUUUUACCGAAUGUUUCUGUAUUUGGUGUUUCUCACCUCUUCUUUCCUGCUAAAUGCUGCACAUGUGCUUUCAAAUUGGAGAUGUUUUCUUUAUCUGCCUGCAUUUUGGCUAUUUGCAUGUGUUUUAUAAAGUCGAAGUGUGUUGAGCUUUCAGAGCCACCGUAUGUUCCUCAGUUUUCCGUCUUACUACAUAACUGGAAUCCAGUUUAAGGACAAAUCACUCAGCUGUGUGUGUUUGUGUGUGUGCACUUGUACGUCUAUAUUUGUGCAAACCAAUUUGAUUUGUAGACCUCUGGAGUGAGGACACUUUAGGACAGACCCGGUUUUAGGGCUCAGACUUGGUUUUAGAGUUAAGGUUUGUUCUUCACAAGUAUAGAAGUACAAACGUGUGUGUGUGUGUGUGUGUGUAGCUGAAUAUAUAUAAUAAUGAAUGAAUGAGAGAACAUGACAACAAGCACAUUUCAUAAUAUUGUUUUUAAACCUCUAAAAGACCUCUAAAUACCAUGUAGAAUUCAUCAUUGGGCAUUUUUUGAUAAUGAAUGUUACCCUGAUUGUGGUUUGUGUCAACAUGAAGCUAUUUACAUGUAUGUUAUGACCUAGAUGUUUUUAUACCCAUGUAUACAAGUGACACGCGUAAGAAAAUACAUUUACCAUCAACAUACAUUUUUGCUGCAUAUGAAUUUACAAACAGUAUCAUUUUAAUUCCAGUAAUAAUCUUAUUUUUAUGAUAAACGUUGUCUCUAUGUUAACUGUUGUUUAACUGUUUAAAUGUGAAGGGUUAAGCUGUGAUGCCCAUCCUUCUUUUUUUAAUCACUAGACUCGAGUCAAGAUGUACAAUAAAAUCAUCACUAAUAGUGUCACCUGUUGUUGAAUAACACGAUUUCAUUUUUGCAUCAAAUGUAACUCCUUUUUUUAAUCAUAUUUUUGUCUUUGUCAAGGUGUACUGCUUGUAAAUAUAAAGAUCCAAACUGAAAAAACCUCAUUCUCUUUCUCCUGUUACUUUUUUUUGAUGGGUUGUUUUCUUAAAGCUGUUCUACAUUCAAUAACUAUAAUUUGUCUAUUAGUAAGUUCUCUAUAUGUCACACAGGUCAGUGAGGGUUUGAGUAGGACUGAAUGAUUUGUCUCAGUAAAGCAGUAUGUACGAAUAGUUGUCUACAGUAAAUGCUUACCUCUGUGCUAACAGACUCUUGAAAUAAUAGUUUAUAGAGUUCUGUGGCACAAAAUGACCAUGAGCAUGUUUCUUCAGAAAUCUAACUUUAAUAGAUGUUUUUAUGACACAAACUUAUUUUGAAAAACCGUUGCAGCACCAAUAAGUUCCAUUUAUUCACUGUCUGAAAACCACAUGAAAGCAUGACUCCUGCUUUCAUGAGACUAAUCGUAUCAGUCAUUUUAGAUGUGAAUAUGAAGCAAAAGUCAAUCUGUAAAUGUUGGCUAAGUAAUGUAGGAGUAACUCAGUCCUUUCCU